AUGCUCAUCGGUUUAUGUGGAGGCAUUUGCGCUGGCAAACAUGCGAUUGCUCAGUACCUGAUUCAGCAAGGGUUUCAGCUUCUUGAACUCGCCGGCAAAUCCCAAUCCCACAUCACCGAGUCGGGGGAUGACCUGCGACUGCAAGCGUCGGAGAUCAGAAAGAAAGAGGACCCCAAGUCGCCAGAGCUUACAUUUCAAGAUGCCGACUCUCUACUCGACUUUGCGACAAAAAGAUGGCAAGAACGCUGGGUUACCACAGACAUUGCAGAUGCCACUACCCUAGAUCGAUUCCUCUUGCGCCCCUUUUUCCUCCUUGUGAGCGUCGAUGCACCAGUUAGCCUCCGAUGGAAACGAUUUGCCGACAGAUGUUGGAGAAGACAACUGGAUCCGCCUGAACUUGAAAAGUUCGUAAUGUGGAACGACCAUAAUCUUUACGAUAAGGAUAUUGGACGUGUAUACUUGACCGACAAAGCCCAGUUGCGCCUAUUCAACUCCUCAUCGUCCCUCGAAGAGCUACACUCGGCUUUGCAAACCCUCGACCUGGCAGACGAACAACGGUUGAGGCCAAACUGGGACCAGUAUUUCAUGCAGCUGGCCUCUCUUGCCGCCCAGAGAAGCAACUGCAUGAAAAGAAGAGUGGGAUGUGUGCUCGUUCGAGAGAGUCGUGUCAUCAGCACUGGAUAUAAUGGGACACCACGGCAUCUCCAGAACUGCAACCAAGGUGGAUGUCCACGGUGUAAUCGCGGGGAUGGGGGAGGAGUCGGUCUCUCAACCUGUCUUUGCCUUCACGCCGAAGAAAACGCAUUACUGGAAGCAGGCCGAGAGCGGAUUCGAGAGGGGACGAUCCUCUAUUGUGAUACAUGCCCUUGCUUGACAUGCACUGUCAAGAUAGCCCAAGUUGGAAUUUCGGAGGUCGUUUACUCUCAAGGGUACAACAUGGAUAACGACAGUGCGGCUAUCUUACAAAAAGCAGGCGUGCGGCUACGGCAAUUCCACCCGCCUACGAAUGGACUCAUCUAUCUUCAGGCAUCUGAAAAACUAGUCGCAACCGAAAGCCAAUAA